UGUUGGCGGCAAGGAGAUAUAUUUUGAAAAAAUGUUGUUUUGGCAAGUUUAGGGCGGUUUGUUUUUAAGCAAUCUAUGAUUACUUUUGUUUUUAAUUUUAAUUAUCAAAAACAUAAAGAAUUAAGAUUCUAUUAAAAAAUACUAUUAUGAAAAAAGAUUAUUAUUUGAAUUACAUUGCUUCAGAUAAAGUUUAAAGGACAGGAUAGUGAACUGUGAGGUUAUCAGGAGAUGUACAGAUACAGACCCAAGUGACUUUUAUUAUCUAAGUAUUUUACAACCAAGGUCAUUAUUUUAUAACUUAGUAUUAUUAUUGAUUAUCAUGUACUCUGUUUUGUUAUAUGGUUAUAACACUAAUCUAAGGAUAUGAUGUACAGAAAAUAAAUUUCAAGGAAAAACAAUUACUAUAUACAGGCACAUAAAUGGAAAUAACUGUACCUAAUAUUUGAGAGUCAUGAACAACACAUACUUCAUCGGUGUUGAUGUGGGGUCAGGCAGUGCACGUGCGGCCCUUGUGGACUGCAAUGGACAUGUUAUUAAAUCAUCAGUCAAGGAAUUACAGACAUGGAAACCAAAAAUAGAUUACUAUGAACAGUCUUCAGAUGAUGUAUGGAACUGCUGUGAAUAUGUCAUUAAGAAUGUUAUACAAAAUGUAUCUCCAGCUCACAUAAAGGGGAUAGGCUUUGAUGCUACAUGUUCUCUUGUAGCUUUGGACAAAAAUGGUAAUCCCAAAGCAGUGAGUCACUCAAACAGCAACAAUCAGAAUAUAAUUAUGUGGAUGGAUCACCGGGCUCAGGCAGAAGCUGAUUACAUAAAUAAUUGUGGACAUGAAAUUCUUAAAUAUGUUGGUGGUAAGGUCAGCUUAGAAAUGGAGAUGCCAAAACUGCUCUGGUUGAAAAAACAAAUGCCAGAACAAUGGCUUGAAUAUGGCUACUUUUUUGACCUCCCAGACUUUUUGACAUGGAAAGCUACAGGUUCUAUGACUCGAUCAUUAUGUUCAUUAGUGUGUAAAUGGAAUUAUGAGUGUUCCACUGAUGGGAGAGUUGGAUGGAAUUUGGAUUUUCUUGGAAAAAUUGGUCUUGACGACUUAGCUAUGAACAACUUUGAAAGGAUUGGUAGCAAAGUGUUGAUGCCAGGAGAAUAUUGUGGGGGGUUGACCAAGGAAAUAGCAGAAACUCUUGGCCUAAUAGCUGGCACCCCAGUGGCUACUUCAAUCAUAGAUGCACAUGCUGGAGGUUUGGGUAUGAUUGGGGCACAUGGAGAAAAUAUUGAUGGUGAUAUGUCAACAAGAUUGGGUCUAAUUUGUGGUACAUCCACUUGUCAUAUGGCUGUAAAUGUAAAACCCGUGAUGGUCAAAGGUAUUUGGGGCCCAUACUUUAGUGCAAUGGUCCCUAACAUGUGGUUAAAUGAGGCAGGACAAAGUGCUUCUGGUAUGUUACUUGAUUAUGUUAUAUCAAGUCAUCCCGCUGGAAGUAGGCUUCUUGACCAGAAAAAUACUGGAGAGGUUCGUAAUCAUUUGAGAGGGUUAUUGGUACAAAUGGCGAAAAAUCAAUGCCUUCAUGAUGUUAGUUUGUUGACUAAAGAUUUUCAUGUGUGGCCUGACUUCCAUGGCAAUCGCUCACCUUUGGCUGAUCCUACAAUGACAGGAAUGGUAGUUGGAUUGACAAUAAAUAGUAGUGAAGAAAACCUAGCACUACUGUACCUUGCCACUAUGCAGGCACUGGCGUAUGGUACGAGACACAUAAUAGAUGCAUUGCUGACUGCGGGAUAUGCACCAUUCAAAUCUCUUCCUAUAUGUGGGGGAAUCACAAAAGAUCCACUAUUUAUCCAGAUACAAGCUGACUCAGUUGGCUUGCCUAUAUUAAAGCCACAUGAAAAAGAUUCUGUUUUGGUCGGGUCAGCCAUACUUGGAGCUUGCGCUUCGCGUUACUUUAACAGCGUUCAAACAGCUAUACAAAGUAUGGGAGGAACUGCAGAUGUGGUCCAUGCGAAUCCAAGUGUUAAAUCAUUCCAUGAUAAAAAGUAUGAAGUGUUCCUUAAAAUGUUUCAAGAUCAAAUAUUAUACAGGAAUAUUAUGACUAGCUAAACUCCUAGGCGUAUAGAAUGGACCUGUGCCCACCCUAGGAUUCUGGGUUACCAAUGUGGAUUAUGGAAUUUUAUUAUGAUACUAAUAAUAGACUUAAUGUCGGGGGCCAGGCCCACCCUAGAAAUAAUCCUAGAUACGAUAAACUUAAUAAUAAUAUGGUUUUAGAAGUUAAGAUAAUGGGUAAGUAUAUUUUGGUUAAAUAAAAAACAAAAAUUGCUACAUAUAAUGAUGAGUAGGAAGUUUACAAAAAAUAAUUAUGACUUUAUCUGAUUAUAUUAUGACUAAUUAAA